GCUCUUCCAUAUAUAACUGACUCUUUAUAUUUCAUCCAGGAGGAGAAGUGACAUCACAGUCAACUAUGAGGUCACUAUUACAGGUUGUCCUGAUAAUGUGCAUAGAUUCCCAGCGUGUUGGGCACUUGGAUAAGACGGGAGUGGUGGCUUCCCUCCAUGACAAUGUCACCCUCCCGUGUUGGUUUUCCUUUAUACAAGGGUCAGAAGGUCUGAAGGUGGUCUGGGAGAAGAAUGAUAAGGAUGGGAGAGGAUCGAUCGCACACAUGUUUAUGAAUAAUCAGGAUAAUCUCACAGAACAGGAUAUACGCUACACGGAACGCACAGAAUUGUCUGGAGAUUUCGCUCAGGGAACGGUGAACCUGACCCUGCGAGAGGUCACCUUCAAUGAUGAGGGGACUUAUUUCUGCAGAGCAGCCAACAGAAAAGACCAUGGGGACAAGAAGGUGGAAUUAACCAUAAACAAAUUAAAUGCAGAGGAGUCAACAGUUACCAUCAUUCACAUUGAUGGGAAGAAGCGUCUGAAGUGUAUUGAUAUCGGUGUGUUCAGGGAUCCCUGGAUAAAGUGGUAUGAUGAGGAGAGUACAGAUCUGUCCGACUAUGGAACACGUAACAUAACUGACAUCGGUAAUGGGCGGAAGAUGGUGACGUCUGUGCUGAACUUGGAUGUGGAAAGAAAUAAACCGUACUUCUGUGUGGUGAAAGAGGGGAGACUGAAGAGGACCGCCCGAGCUGUGCUAUCAGAUGGAAAGCCGGUGAUUGUCACUGAAAUAAAACUUCCAGAGUGAGCACUGCAUGUUGCGAUCCACAUAAAAA